UUAAGAAAAUUACUGGUAAGAGAUUGAUUGUAAAAAAUCAAUCGGCAGUCAAAUCAGAACAAUAUAACCAACAGAUUAAUAGAUUAGUGGAUUUGAACUUUCAGCUUCAAAUAUUGUAAAUUAAUCAAUAAACUCUAAUCAAUCUAAUGGAUUUGAGAUUGAAUUUGUUCAUUUAAACAUUGAAAUGAUCAGAAAAUGAAAAAGUUUUGCAAUUUGUACAAUUAGAUUUGAUUUUGCCAAUAGAGAGUUUAAUCAACUGAGUAAAGUGAGAAUCUAAAUGAUUUGUUAAUCGUUGAUUUGAUUCAAUUGUGAUAAUGUUCAGUCACUUAGUUGAACUGUUCAGAAAUUCAACUAUCCCUGGAUUUCCGGUUCUUUUUUCACUUGAAUCUAAAUCACGACAAUACUUGUGGAUACUUGUGGUCAUUGUUUUUCUUGGAUUAACUACAAAUUCACUAAUCACAAUAGUCCAAGAGUUUUUAACUUUCCCAAUCAUAGUCAAUGUACUUGUUGCCGAUAGUCGAGUGUUACCUUUUCCAGCGGUAACGAUUUGUAAUCUUAAUCCGGUUCAUCGAUCGCGAUUUUGUUCAUAUCAAGAUGUGACGAUUAACAAACCAGUCGACGUUGAAAGUAUUCUAUGUGCUAAUCUGGAUAAAAUGUUGGACCUUUGUGAGAUCUCAAGUUUUUUAAAUGAUCUACUCGAUCAGGGUCGAGAAAUUUGUCUACCUCAGACCAUCAAGCGUCGACCAAUCGUCCGACCUUUACGUCCAAUAAAUUUCACUCGUCCCAUUGAUAGAUUUAACUUUGGUCAAUCGAAUCGUAAGUUGAACAGUUCAUCGUCGAUCCCAAGGCGACGGAUACCUCGAGGUCUUUCACUCAGGGAAUUCAUUCAAGGUUUUCGUAUGUUCAUCUCGGGUGAUGUUAUUGGCCUUUUUAAUUCGACUGGACUAUUAACUGGACUCGGUCAGGAAUCUGGUUCUUUUAUCGAUACAGCGGUUAUUCAAUUCGCCAAGAUUUAUGGGAUUAACAUCAAGUCGAGUGAGGAUCUGAUUCCAGCCUUGUUUUUGAAAGGAUUUGCGGAUAUAACGGGUUGUCGAUUUGGAUCAGUUUAUAGAUCAAAUGGUUCGAUCGCACUAGAGGCCACUCUUCGUAAUAUAACUGACCUCAUAUUGAAUUCGGGCUGUAUCUGGAAACUUCCGAGGCUUUUUAGCCUUUUCCAAAAUUCAUCCGAACGUCUACUCAAUGGCCUUUCCUCUUGCACAGCUCCUUGGGUCAGAUCAGUUCUCAGGGUUAACAGUUCAUCUUCCGAUGAUAAAGAUUUUGACCAAACAGAAUCUCCUUGGUAUAUCUUAUUGGAUCUACUUCAAUCUUGGUUGGCCGAUUUAAGUCGUAACCAUUUAUCAGUUGCUCGACACUUAGGCCAUCAAUCGAAUGAUCUAAUCAUGAGUUGUCAUUUUGCGGGUAAAAAAUGUUAUCCAACUGAAUUUGAUUCAAUAUUUUCCAGUUCUUAUGGAAACUGUUACACUUACAAUAUGGCUGAUUCACUUUCAUCGAUUAUUAAAUCAACAAAACAAUCAAUCAAUUCUGAUCAAAAGCUAUCUGGUUUUACUGGACCCAAGUUUGGUCUUGAAUUGGUUUUAAACCUCGAAGUUGACCAGUACAUGCCGACAUCGAGGGAAACUGGAGCUAAGAUUGUGAUUCACGAUAGAUCGCAAAAAGCUGAUCCCGAUCAAGAUGCUGUCCAUGUGCCUCCAGGUAACAAUAAAUAACAAGUCCAAUCAAAUGAUCUAAUUGCCAAGUAAUUUAUCAUUUUCUAAUCAAUUAGGUGUAGUCACCUAUGUAGGAAUUCAAUUGAUUAAUAUCACUCGACUUCCAGCUCCAUAUCGAGAUCAAUGUUCAGACGAUUGGCUCGAUGAUUGGGUCAAAGAC